AAAGCGGGGAUUCUCCCCUGUUAAGCUCACUCUGGCCCCAGACGCGAUGUUAGCCUUCUGCGUCAAAUUCGGCAAAGUCUUGCCACUCAUGUACAGGACUGCGAGGACUGACGACCCGUCAGACGCGGGCAGAUAUUCGACGAAAUGUUUAAACGAAAAUUAUCAGAGGUCAAGUUUAUGUCCACCGCCUUACACGAGAAAAACGGAACGAUCAAAGACUUGGACAGACUCGACAGAUGCAAGCGAAGAAUGCCACGAAUGCGACGAUACAUUAAGUCCCGUCCCCAAAGACUUGAAAAGAACAACACGCUGACGACUAAUCCUUCUUCUUUGACACUCUGUACUGGCCAAUAACGACAGCAUGAUCUCUAUGUUUAUCCACUUCGGCGGCGAAGACGGCCUCAGGCUUUGCAGUGGAAUCUACACA